AUGCCUUCCACGUUAAAUGAGUGGCUUAAUAUUUCAAAACAAUUCGAAACAACAUGGAAUUAUCCUAAUUGCAUCGGUUCUAUGGAUGGAAAACACAUCGUCUUGCAAUCUCCAAUGAACAAUGGCAGCGAAUAUUUUAACUAUAAAUUUUAUUUUUGCAUUGUAUUGUUUGCAUUAGUCGAUGCAGACUACAAUUUUCUCUUUGUCGAUAUUAGGUGUCAAGGACGUAUUUCGGACGGAGGAGUGUUCAAAAAUACUGAAUUACACAAAAAAAUAGAAAGGGAGAAUAUUAAACUUGCCCCACCAGUACCUUUGCCAGGGAAAAAUGUAGAUAUACCAUUCGUUAUUCUUGCAGAUGAGGCUUUUGCCCUAACAAAACAUAUUAUGAAACCGUAUUCUGGGACCCAUGAUAAAGGCACAAAAGAAAGAGUAUUUAAUUACUGUUUGAGUCGUGAACGACGAACUGUUGAGAACGCAUUUGGUAUCUCAUCUGCCGUCUUUCGUGUUUUAAGAAAACCUAUGUUAUUGGAACCUCAAAAAGCACAAAUUGUAGUUAUGGCAGUGGUUUACUUACAUAAUUUUUUAAGACAGUAA